AUGGUGGCAAUUAGCACGUUCAUGAAGCUUCGACUUUACCACAGAGAUUACUUUCCCUGGACCAAGGAAGCUUCUGAUAUAUACAGACACUCUGUCCAGCUGACUUGCUACCAGCGCAAGAGCAAUUGCUUACGCCUCAAGUCUUGUCUAUUUGAUGAUGUCGGCAUGGUCGCAGCCCGAGUCUCGGAUGAUGAUAGAAGAAAUCGCACACGCUUGAUUUCGAGCGCUUGGGUCCAGGCUAGUUUUCGAGCAAGCCCUGAAUACCAGCCUAACUGCGGGGACGCGUGGAGACCGCAACUUCACAGGCAGGGAUCACCGGUGAUCACGACACUGAGAUUAGUUGAAGUCUUGCCAUGGUUUUCGCUCGCCAGCAUUGAUUACUUUGAAUUGCGCCUAUUUCUCCUUCGAGGAUAUGCGUUCAUGUCCCCCGAUAGCAUGCAGCUGCCCGCCUGGCCGACAUGCGGACUGGCUGGUAUGCUUCGGUUGGGCGCUUCCGUGGCUAUCUGCCCCUGGCCAAGGGGAAAUGAUCUGCAACAAGCCGCAGAACCAUCCACGGGAAUUGAAUGGUUGAUGGCAAGUACGCGUCUGCCUUGUUAUCAAUCGCAAUCUAGCAAUCAGGAGCUGACCUCUGACCCACGGCAUUCUACACUCCAAUGGCAACCGCUAAUCUACCUGCGCCUGCAGCAAUUCGAGAUAUUUGAACCGAAGAACAAAUAUAGCUCAUGUUGUGUCUGGCUCACCUGCUUGAGCAUGACGACCUUGACCAUUGCCGACGGCAAAAGCACCGGCGCAAGCUUUGAUCAGGGCCUGGCAAUGAUACAUAUGUACUCAAUGUCGCGUAACAUUAACGGCAACGUUCUUGCAGCAACUGCGUUCUCUUCCGCGAAUCAGCACGAGCCCAGUACAAGAGUCGAAUUCCAGACCAGAGGCACAGUAGAUGUCGCCUUCCGCCUUUACGAUGGAUGCCACUUAUGGUAG